UGUAACAAGCCAGCGUGUAACGGGUAGAGGAUCUGCGCCGGGGGCUAUGGACUGUGCUGGGUCGGCUUAGUGUUCGGGUACAGCUCUGCUCGUGUGCCCAGACGGACGGACCGGGCGGGAGGGCAUAUGAGCGCCAUACUGUGCCCGCUGCUUCUACAGAGACCGCCCGGGGAACUCUUUACUGCACGGACUUUAGAAGAGUUGUAGGACCCUGUAGAUCCAGCCCUGGAUGGUCUGAGGCUGUAUAUGGCAGCUGGAGCUCAGUAAUAUUUGGAGAGGUUACUAUGUACAUCAGAUACUGACUCUAUUACCCUUGUUAUAAGGGGCCAUAGCCUACAGGGGGUGAGGGGCUAGUGCCAUGUCCUCAAUGUGAUGUGUGCCCCUUCAGUCUGUACCAUGCUCUUAUUUCUGGCCAUAGAUGGGUAUGAGUAUGUGAAUCUCUUGUACUACUAAGCUGUAUACCAGCAGAGAUGUAUCUGUCCCGGAGGAAGCCAGCCUUGUAUCUGCGGGAGGACAGUAGGUCAGGACUUUUUGGGAUUCUGCCCAGAAAAUGCAGCAUCUUUAAGCUGUUCCUAACUUGCUUGCUACUUGGAUUUCUUUCUAUGUUCUGGCUGCAACUGAGCUGUACAAGUGAUGUGAAGAAGCAAGAAGAUGCACCACCCAAGCAGACCUGCCCCCCUGUUCCUAGAACUGUGAAUGAGGAUCCUUCAUGGGGUCCACAUCGUCUUGCUCUUCUUGUUCCAUUUCGGGAACGGUUUGAGGAAUUGUUAAGUUUUGCCCCCCAUAUGCACCAGUACCUGUCUGAGAAAAAGAUUCGGCACCAUAUAUUUAUCAUAAACCAGGUGGAUCAUUAUAGGUUUAAUAGGGCUUCUUUGAUAAAUGUGGGCUUCUUGGAGAGUGGAAAUGACACGGACUACAUCGCUAUGCAUGAUGUUGACCUGUUGCCUCUUAACCCAGAUCUGGACUAUGGAUUUCCAGAAAAGGGUCCCUUUCAUGUGGCAUCCCCAGAACUGCAUCCAUUGUAUCAUUACAAAACCUAUGUUGGGGGGAUUUUACUUCUUACCAAACAGCAUUAUGAACUGUGUAAUGGAAUGUCAAAUCGCUUUUGGGGAUGGGGUCGUGAAGAUGACGAGUUUUACCGAAGAAUCAAAGGAGCAGGGUUGCAGCUCUUUCGACCCACAGGAAUCAACACAGGAUACCAAACCUUCCGCCAUAUUCAUGACCCUGCCUGGCGAAAGCGUGAUCAGAAGAGAAUUGCAUCUCAGAAGCAGGAGCAGUUCAAAGUGGAUCGUGAAGGAGGGAUUCACAAUGUCCAGUACCGCAUUGAGUCUCGUACUGAACUGACUGUUAGUGGUGCCCCAUGUACUGUGCUGAAUGUACUGCUGGAAUGUGACUUGAAUGAGACUCCAUGGUGUGCUUUUAGCUGAAAUUUUAAAGAUUUUUUUUUUCUUUUUAAGUCUCUUGAAACAGCAGAAACGAGCUGUAUACCACCCCAAGGACAUACAACUCUGUAGUUAGCAAUGAACUGUUACAAAUUUUAUAUAUUGUAAUAAAAUUAUGACCCAUCUCGUUUUUUUUUCUUUGUUUUUUUUU